AGGCUGUAGUCAGAUUAAAUGAUGAUAUAAAAAUUGAUAAAUGGAAGGUAGACCAGCUACAAAACUUUGGACAGUUAUUGUCAGUUGUGUUCGAAAAAAGUUCUGCCAUUGAUUGUAUAAAAGACUCUUCAUCCAGCCUACAAUUUAUAUUGAAUUGGAGACCUUUUCCAAUAUAUGUUAAAAUGUGCAAAAACAACAUACACUCCUCUUUCCUUAGUGAAAAAAGUGUUGCUAUGAUGAAAAGUUUGAGGGAUUGCACAGAAAAUCUUGUAAAGGAAAUUUUUGACAGAUCAAUAUCUGUUGCUAGUCUCUGCAUAAUUGAAGAAAAACUGGAUAGGUUUACCAACAUUAUCAAGGAUAUUCCAGACAUAGAAGACAAAGGGUUGAAAAGAGCAAUUGAACUUAGAAUUGCAGAACUGAAUGCUUACAAUGAAUGUUUAAAGAAUUUGAAGCAGUUCAUAGAUAUCUGCCAAAGAUGUGACGCAAAUACUACAGUCCUAGAAGAACAAAGCAGGAAGUUUCAAGAAUUAGAAAAAGUUGCUUUAAAAGAUGUAUGUGACAAAGUAGAUAUACCAAAAGAAAUAAAGAAGUAUAAACCAAGGGUAAUUGCAUUUGGAAUUGAAAGUGAAGUUUUAGAGGAGCUUCCUGAAGUCAUUAAAUGUUCCAGUGGGAUUUUGUUCAUAAGAAUAUGGGACAAACUUGCUGUAGAUUUUAAAAGGACUGUGAAACGUGCCUUGGAAAUUGAUGAAAUAAUGGAUCAUGUUUGGCAUCCAGCUUAUAAAGAAUGGAAAGGGUUACACCAAAGACUGAAGACUGGUGAAAUUUUCUUCAAGGAAUUUGAUACUAUUUGUGGAAGCAUGGAACCAGAGACUUUGAAAAAAGAAUUUCUCAUUCUUGAAGGAGGUAAAAAAACGUCUUGGAUUAAAGAAAGGAUUGAACAAAUGACAAGAUACAAAAAUCUACAGAAUUGUCUAGAUGGAGCUUCUAUUAUAAUGGAGGUUGUGGAAGAAUUUGAACUAGAAGGAGACUUCCAGCCAAUCAGACAAAUUAUGCAGAUGACAAAGGGAAAAGAUACCAAGAUGAACAAGCUGAAGCAGUCAUACAUGAAAACUUGCUCAGUGUUAAGUGAUAUAAAUGAAAGAAAAGUCAUCUGUUUACAGAAGUUUAUGGAAAGUAAAAAUCUGGUGAAUUGGUUAAGGGAAAAAAUGGAGGGUUUACAUGAAUUGAAAACCUUUGUGGACCUAGCCUAUAUAUCUACUGGUGAUCAAGGAUUAGAAAUAGCUAAGGUGAGAUGUUUGCAGUCAGCAGCCAUUGGGUAUGCUCCACUGAUUUUCAACUUGGAGUCAGACUGCAAUUAUAAGGAUUUCUUGGAAAGAUGUGAAGAAGUUUGGAAAGCAUUGGACUCUAAUCAGAAUCUUCCUAGUGAACUUCUGGAUACUUGUCAUGAAUUAGAAUGGUUGAAAAUAGUUGAUGAAUCACAAGGAUCUGUUGAAGUUACCUCCCUUGCACAAGCUGAAGCUAUCAACUUAAAUGGAACAUAUCAUAUUGGAUUACACAAAACAGGGGAUGGAAUUCACAGAAAAGGACAGAAUCAGCUGCAAUUAUCUGAUGUACAAGAAUUAAGAGUUACUGAGAAAAAAGAAGGAAAGACACUGCAACGAGAGUACAACUAUGAAAAGUUACACGAUCUACAGUCAAGACUUAUGUUAGUAGCUGGAAAAGCUGAGAUGGGAAAAGAUAAUGUCGACAGAUUUAUUUUGAUUUUAGAUUCAGUAGUCAGAUUGUGUAAUGUAUACAUCAAGCUGUUGUCAUCAGGCUGUGUACUGUUUUCAAAGUUCAAGGUCAAAUUCAGAUGUGACCCAGAAAGUAUUACAUGUGCUUUUGUCAGUUUUGGUGAAGGAGAUAUCAAGCGCACCCUUAGAGGGAAAAUAGAUACAGUUAACAAAGAUGUCAGCUUUUUCAUUCCAAAAAUUGCGAAGUUUUUGGAGCAUUGCCAUGAAAGAUGGUUGGAAUUCAUUGACACAAAAAGAGAAGACCAUUACAUUUUGAACUACUUUAGUAUAGAGCAAAUGGUAAUUCUUCAACAGGAGCUUGUGAAAAUGGGCUUUGAAGGUGAACCAUCAAAUCAGAUUUAUCCUUUGCUGUCUAACAUAAAACAUGAUUGUACAAGAGAGGAUCUUGUUGAGGCAAUGGAAGAGGCAAGGGAUGAAUUGGAACAAAUGGAUAUAGAUGAAGAUGAGGAGGUUCAGGAAGAAGUUCCUAUGGAGGAGGGGGACAGUGAGGCAGCUAAAGUGAAAUUUAUACUACAGAUGGUGGAAGCUGGAUAUUCUGAAGGUCUUGCUAUAGAGGCACUGAAAAAUGUUACCUCUGAUCAGAUUGAUGAAGGUAUAGCAUGGUGUAUAGAGCAUGAAGAGGAAGCCAUGGAUUUUGAUACAUCAGCAACAGAUGGGACAUCAGUACAAAACCAAGACAAAACAUUUAGUGGCUGGAGCACCAGAGAUGAGUCAUUGGCCACAGUUAGAGCACGGCUAUUGGAAAAUAUUGGUGUUGGUGCUGCUCAAGGACUAGACAGUACAGUAGAUGUAUUGAUAGAAAACCUAGAAAGGUUAUGGGAAAAUUUUGUUGGCUCCAUAUCCUCAAGUGUUACAGACUAUCUCAGUGUAGAACAUCUAGCUCUCAUCUUAAGAAAACUUGCAGAUAAAGAAACCAUGUUAGUUGAAAGGUCCUUCUCAGUAUGUGGUUGUAAAGAAGGGGUGGCAAAUUUGAUUGUCUGCUCACAAAGUGAGAUGUACAACACAGUAUUAAGUCUGUACAGUACAGAGGACGAUUCUCUGUUACCACAGUCAGAUGAAGUCUUACUUUGUACACCUGAUACUACCCUUGAUUUGGUUGAUAUAUUCUGGAGAAGAUCGUUAUUUGGAGAUAGUGGUAAAAUCUAUUGCUUAGUUAAUGCAGAUUUACUAGAUUAUGAAGUGAGUGACAAAGGAGAAAAACUACUUGAGAAACACAUGAAAAAUGCACAAAAUAGAGAGAUACAUUUUAAGUUAGUUGUGAUCUGUAGUAGAGAGAAUGAGUACAAAUCCAGAAUGGUAGCAGCAUUAGAUAAAUAUCGUAGACCACAAAUGUCAUUUGGUGGAGAAAAACAUGUCAAGACUUAUCUGUCUGAAAGAUUUAUUGUCAAUAAACCAAUCAGUGGGAUAGAAACUGCUUCAUCUGUUGAUUUUAAUAGGUCUAGUGUUCGUGUUGUAAAAUCGUGGAGAGCUGGAGUGGGUAAAAGUUUGUUCAAGAGGAACAUGGUUACUGCUUUGAAGGAGAAACAACAAAAUGUAAAUGUGGACGAGGAAAAUGAUAUUGUAGUAUCCAUACCAUUAUAUGACAGAACUAUAGUUGUUGAUGAAGUAUUAGAGGUCUUACUAGAAUACACCAACCCUCCACAUGUCAGAGAACCACGAAUAUUCCAUUUUGAUAUUUCUCAUGAGGUACAAGAUGGUGUAGAUGCUUUCCUGUUCCAAUUGUUAGUUUUGGGAUGUCUGAGUCAUACUUCAGGAAACGUAUGGCGGAGAUCUGAUAUGGACUAUUAUAUCAUAGAGUCAAUGCCUUUACUAGCAAGGGAUUCAGAUACACAAGUUGGAAAAUUAAAAUGUAUGCACCGUUGUUUAGACAUCCUUCCAGAUGUUUUAUGCAGAUCACCAAAAGAAAGCCUUGAUAUUUUUUAUGAGAGUUUUCCUGAUGAUUUCAGUGAAUCUGAUUUGAUAUUUGAUGAGUCUGAGUUUGCUAGUGAGACUUUCCAGAGACCAUAUCAAUAUCUUAGUCGCUUGGAUGGAGAUGAAGCUCUUACUGACAUUAUUCCUGAGGAACCCGAGGGAGACAGAGAAAACUGCUUGCAGAUAUUACUCAGACAUUGUGGUGUGAAGGAUCCCUCGUGGUCAGAAUUGUACCAUUUUGUCAGUUUUCUAAACAGACAGUUACAGGACUUCGAAACAUCAACUUUCUGUAGUCCCCUUGUUCUACAAGAUCUUCCUGGAUUCCCUGCAUUUGUUUUGAAAUUCUUGAUACAGAUGUCUAGGGAUUUUGCUACCAGAUCUCUACAUAUAAGUGAGGAGUCACCAAUUGACAUGUUGAAGCGUCAGUUACUGGAUGAUGAGGAGGAUGAGGAAGACAUUGAAGAGCUUUAUGAAAUGAGAAGGAAAUGGGAAUCAAGUCCACAUCCAUACUUGUUCUUCAACCCAGAUCACCAUACCAUGACAUUUCUUGGGUUUAAUAUUGAGAAAGCAACUGGAAACCUUGUUGAUGAUCAAACUGGAGAAAGUUUGGAAGAUCAAAUUAUGGAUCCAACCUUAGACAACAGACAACCAACCCUGUAUAAUGGAUUGAAUUCACAACCUGGUGUCAAUCUGUCAGAAAACUUUGAUAAGCUAAACAGAGGUGAAAAGAUAGAAAAGUUGUGUCAAGUGAUGGGAAUAGAGUACCCGCAUGAUCCAGAUGAAACAUAUGAACUAACCACAGACAAUGUUAAAAAGAUUCUGGCCAUCUACAUGAGAUUCAGAUGUGAUAUACCAGUGGUUAUCAUGGGAGAAACAGGAUGUGGAAAAACCAGGCUGAUAAAAUUUAUGUGUUCUCUACAACACUUGCCUGAUGAACCUGUGGAGAAUAUGAUUAUCAUGAAGGUACAUGGAGGAACAACAACAAAAGAUAUUAUAAAGAAAGUGAGGAAGGCAGAAGAAGUCGCGAUGGAAAAUGCAGAGGAUCAUCCCAAUAUGUUUACUGUUCUGUUCUUUGAUGAAGCCAACACUACUGAGGCUAUCGGUGUCAUCAAAGAGAUCAUGUGUGACAAGUCUCUUGGAGGAAAUCCAAUACAGAUACAUGAACGACUAAAAAUUAUUGCUGCUUGUAAUCCUUACAGAAAACACAAGGAAGAAUUGAUUAAAAAAUUAGAACAAGCAGGACUUGGUUACCAUGUCGAUGCAGACAAAACAACUGAUAGGUUAGGUCGUGUACCAAUGAGACGAUUAGUAUACAGGGUACAGCCUCUACCACAGAGCAUGCUACCAUUAGUUUGGGAUUUUGGACAAUUGAAUGCUAGAGUGGAAGAAAUGUACAUCAAACAGAUGGUUCUAAGAUAUGUUAAUGAUGGCAGACUACCACAGUUAACAGAUUUAGCAGAUGUCACAAGUAGAAUUUUAAGUGAAUGUCAAGAUUUUAUGAGAAUGCAGGAGGAUGAAUGUAGUUUUGUGAGUCUUAGAGACGUGGAGAGAGUUUUGGAAGUGAUGACAUGGUUCUACAGACAGACAGAAGAAGGAGGGAUAUUGUUUGAUGAGGAUGCUGAUCAUGAUGAGGAUUAUGAGAAAAUUGAGAUAACCAGGGCUCUUAUUUUAGCACUGGGUGUUUGCUACCAAGCUUGUUUACAAAAGAGACAGGAUUUCAGAGAUAUGAUAGCUGAUUAUUUUGAAGAACCUUAUCAACUUUUAGAUGACGACCAACUUGAAACAGAGCUAAUAAGAUGCCAAGACAAGUUCUUAGAUAGUGUGAAACUAGCAGACAAUAUAGCUAGGAACCAAGCUCUGAAAGAGAAUGUGUUUAUGAUGAUAGUCUGUAUAGAGCUUAGAAUUCCAUUAUUCUUAGUGGGAAAACCUGGUAGCUCUAAAUCUUUGGCAAAGACAAUUGUAGCAGACGCAAUGCAGGGUGACACAGCUCGUAGUCAGUUGUUUAAAAAGUACAAACAGGUCCAGAUGGUAUCCUUUCAAUGUAGUCCUUUAUCAACACCUGAUGGUAUCUUGGGAACAUUUAGACAAUGUGCUCAGUUCCAGAGAAAGAAAGAUUUAGACAGAUUUGUUUCUGUGGUAGUUUUGGAUGAGAUUGGAUUAGCUGAAGAUUCUCCCAGAAUGCCUCUAAAGACUCUGCAUCCGUUGUUGGAAGAUGGAUGUUCUGGUGAUGAUGACCAUGAAGAACCUGAAUUGAAACAGACAGAAGAAUUGCAAGCAGACGAGGAACCCGAGGAUCCCAUAUAUAAAAAGGUUGCUUUUAUUGGUAUAUCCAAUUGGGCAUUAGAUCCAGCUAAAAUGAAUAGAGGGAUAUUUGUACAAAGAGAAGUUCCAGAUGAGGGAGAACUGAUUAACAGUGCAAGAGGAAUUUGCAGGACAUCAAAAGAUAAAGAAAGAAUUCUGAAAUUGAUUGACAAUAUUAUUCCAUCCUUAUCAAAGGCCUAUUCUGAACUAUUUUCUGAGUUAGAAAAAUCUAAGCAGAGGGAGUUUUUUGGCCUGAGAGAUUUCUAUAGUUUAAUAAAGAUGGUUUAUGCCUUUGCUGCCAGAUCAGAACACAAGCCUACAUGGCUUCAGUUAAAACAUGCUAUAAUGAGAAACUUUGGAGGAUUGGAGAAUAUAAACUCUGUUGAAAUAUUCCGUCAAUGUUUAAUGGACACCACAGUUGUAAUGAAUGAUAGGAGACAGGAAGGUGACCCAGACUGUUCAUCUGGAGGUAUGAUCAAAGCCUGUUUGGAGGGAGACAGUACACUUACUGGUGAGACCAGAUACCUGUUGCUGUUAACAGAAAAUUAUGGAGAUUUAGCUAUUUUACAGCAGAAAGUACUAAUGAUGCAUAAUGCACAGGUGAUUUUUGGGAGCAGUUUCCCUAGUGACCAAGAAUACACACAGGUCUGUAGAAACAUCAAUCGCAUUAAAGUUUGUAUGGAAACAGGAAGUACUGUUAUAUUACUGAAUCUAGAAAACUUGUAUGAAAGUCUGUAUGAUGCAUUAAAUCAGUAUUAUGUGCAUUAUGGUGGGCAGAGAUAUGUGGACCUUGGACUUGGAAGUCACAGAGUCAAAUGUAAAGUCCAUGAAGAAUUUAGAUUGAUAGUUGUAGCAGAGAAAGAGAUAGUAUACAAAAAGUUCCCGAUCCCUCUGAUCAACCGCCUAGAGAAACAUGUACUCUCCUUAAGUACAAUGUUGUCUGAGGCACAACUUGCAUUGGCUAACAAACUGGAAGACUGGGUCAAAGAUUUCUGUCAUGUGGAAACACCUUUUCAUUUAAUGCAGAGAGACAGAAGGAAAGAGAGAAGCAUUGGUGAAGUUUUUAUGGGUUACCAUGCAGACACAUGUGCAGCUAUUAUCAUGCAGUUGUUUGAAGACAGAAAAUGCCCUUAUGAUGAUAUUGAACAAAGCAUAUGUCAAGAGAUUUUACACGAGGCAAAGACCAGACUCCUUUGGUGUGCAGCACCAGAUGCUGUGAUGAGAUUGAAGUCAACCAAACUACGAGACAAGAAUGAGGAGAUGAUGCAGAUUUACUUUAAACAUCAACAACAUAACAGCCUCUUACAUUACCUAUAUCACCAAGUCAUAGAUGAGAAGAAAACAAAUCUGUUUGCUCAGGUGACAACACAUUCCAAGUUACUGUCGACACCAGAUUUAGAAGAUUUAUGUCAAGUUUUACCAGUACAGAGACAGAACAUGACAUUACUGACUCUACAGUCAUUUGAUACCGAACAACAAUUCUGUAGGCAAAUAAGAUUUUCAUUAGAAAAGAAAAUGACCGUUGACAACUUACUUAUUGUCCAGUGUGACUGCGGUGACCAGAAUGCUGAUUUAGUAGCAUGUGCUAGAUACAGUAUACAGGGAGAGCUACAACAAAUUACAGAAAAACAUUCCGGAAAUAUUCAUGUUGUUUUGAUUGUACAACUUCCAAGAGUAGCUGGAAGUAAUUUUACCGGGUUUCAAUGUGGUUUAUGGCAUUCCUUGCAUAUUGAUGAUUUGCGACCUCCUCCUUAUAAAAUGCCUUCCAUUGUUGAGAUGUGCCAUCAACCAGUGAGUGCCUUCUUUGAUGCAUAUAAAGAAAAUAAGCCAACUGAAGACAUGGAGGUUGAUGCAGAAAAAGACAGGGAACCAGAUAUGGAAGUAGAGUCUCAACCAGAAAUAUCACAAAGAGAAAAACAAAUAGACAUUCUAUCAUUGAUUAUUAACUGUGUUCAUUCUGCUCUCUCUAUGGUUAAAGAUCAGGAGAAAGAUUCACCAAGAACAACUGAGAGAAUAAAAAUGGUCCUUAAUUUGAUUCAAAACAGCCAUGAAGAGGAAGGAAAGACCUUUUUGAGUGGGAUAGCAGUUCAUUUACAAUGUUUACUAAAGGAGAAAGAGGAUCAGGAGAGUGAGCUACAUAAGGAAUGGUUGUCUACAGAGGCAUCAAACCCUGAUCAUAUCAAUAGUGCUGGAACUUUUAGGAGAGCAGCCAUUCAGUGUUUAGAAGAGAAAUUAGCCAGUCUACUAGCUGGCAUUAUUGCUUUUAUCGACAAGAACUGCAAUAUGAAUAUUGUUAUGAGUGAACAAGCUCAUAAUUGGCAGAGAUUUGUAUGGAUAGAAAUUCUAAAUUGUCCAAAUGUAACACAGCUACAUUACACACAUUCAUUUUCUUUUCCGCACCAAAUGAUGGCAGAACAUCAUGUGCAGGGUACAGCAUACGAGGGAGGAGGAUUCUUGGCUGGAAUGCCAUUUUCAUGGCUGAUUUAUAGCCAGAUUGAUGAAAUUAUGAAGACCACUUUUGAUGAACCAGGUAGCCAUGAAAACCAUAGCUUACUUGAACUAGUGAUGAAAACAGCCAGUAGAUUGGAAUCCACUCCACUGGGCAAAAUUCUGUCUCAGAUAGAAGGAACCAGCAUUCAAGGAGUCAUUUGUUGUUACAUCAAAGACUUUGUACACAUGGCUUAUCCUGUCAGAUCAGAACCGGAACUAUUGAAUAUAUGUGAGAACAUUAUGGUUGGAUGUAGACAGAUCAUUCAAGGAGAGGUUGGACGUUUAUUUCCAGCACUUGUUGGUUGUCAUGCGGCUUUUCACCACCACAGAGCUCGUUUCAGAAAUUUCUCAGACAUUGUCCAUGUUUGGCCAGAAUGCUGUGAAAAAGUUGCAAAAUUUCAAGAACAUGCAGAACAAGAAAUGAUGUAUCUUGUUACUGCCGAUGAAAUUACAUUAGAUUUAAUGGGCUUGCAUCUACUUCUGAAGAACCUUGAGCCCCCUUCAAAGGAUGCCUUAAACGAACAAAGUAGUAGGAAACAGUGGAUCAGAGUCCUGUGUGAUUACAGACCGGUAGUAGAGAGGAUAUUUGGAUUCUUCAGAGAAAAUGAACAGGGACAUGACUUUUCUCCUAGAUGUACACAGGCUAUUCAGACAGCAAGAUAUCUAUGGACUAGAGCUACAGUUCUGAAGUUAUUUAUAGAACAUGUUUGCACAGAUGAUUCUGAAGUAAAGAGAUGCAAGCCACUCUGGGUUAUGCUGAAGACAAAAGCUGAUAUGAAAACUUUAGAAUCCCUUGAAAAGGUCGAGAAGUUCCUCAAGUCCUGCAACAAAGAUGUUAGUUCCAAAAUUUUGGGCCAGCAGAAGUGUGCCCAUUGUGAGGAGCAAUAUACAGGAACACAAGAGACACAACCAAGUCCCCCAGUUACCCUGCCAUGUAAUCAUACUAUAUGUAGAAGAUGUUUCAAUGAGACCAUAACAUCCCCAGAUGUGACAUGUCCAACUUGUGAUAAGCCGUUUCUGAAAGACUUUCAACCUGUAGAAGCUGAUCAGAGUGAAAAUGUUCUAGCAUACCAGGAUUUCAGAAGACGAUGUAAUAAUUUCUUUAUGGAAGUUAUUUCCCAGUUAUGCUUUGCCGAAGGAACUCCCCCAUCAAAUGACAUAGUAAACAAACUCCUGUCAUACAUUACUGUACAAACAAAGAAAGGUCAAGAGGUCACUAAGCAGCUGACAAUUUUCGAUGAUUGUAUUGAUUCUACUCCAGUUGUCCGAUCAUUUCUAUUACAACAUUUGAUGCAAACAAGUGGUCCAGAGGUUCACCAACACCUGGAGAAUUAUUUCAGAAGAGCUUUAAGAUUGCUUGAUCCUACUACCAGUGAACAAUCUCACAGUCUGUGUCAUCUGGUUCUACAGUGUAUGGAAGAUUCCUGUCACCAACGUUACUCGGAAGAAAACAAAACACUAAUUCAAGCAGCAACAGAAAUGUUGAGGAACUCCUGUAAAAAGAUACAAAUAGAUGCUGAUGAUCUGUUAGAAAACAUCAAACACUUAUCUCAAACUAGAUUUGCUCUAAGUGUGGCAGCUAACUUAAUGUAUAAAUCAUUCAUAGAAAAGACUGUCAAGUCUGACACAAAGUUAAAACGACUUUUUGAGGCAGUAGGAAAAUUGUGUGAAGAAUGUGGAUCAAAUUGGCCUAGACGUUACUUUAUAAAGUACCUGUGCAGGUGUUAUGGUACUGACUGUUACCAGACAAUACGUACAGGAUGUGAUAUGGCGAUGAAAAGAUGGAUAAACUUACCAGAACUUCAGAACAAUCAAAAAGAAGAAUGUCAUGACAGAUUUAUAGUUUGUGGAGAAGGCUACACACAAAUGAGAGAAAAUUUUGUUCAGGCAGCAUUAAAUGAAGAUAAUAAGAAGAUCGUCAAUUUAUUACAGACAAAGAAAAACAAAUGGAAAACAGAAGUGAGAUUCCUGUUAGUUGUCUAUAGAGAAUUCACUAUGAACUUCUUGUAUGAGGAGACACAACAGCAAUUCUCACAAAAAGUAAAGCAGUUUUUGCAGAAGACACUAAUGAAUUGUAAUAAGAUACAAAACAAGGAACUCAUGAGGGAUCUACUGACAAAUAGUGUUUGGAGACAUGAUGCUGACAAAAACAUUUCUCCUGCUUUAGAUCUUGGACAGCAAGGAUUGUGUUGUCUGUUGCUGCAUUGCAUGGUUCUUUUCAGAGGAAUACCUGAAAAGCAAACAUGGUUAUCUCCCCUAAUAAACAUUGCCAACAACCCAGAGCUCAUGAUGGAAUCUUAUUUUCCCACAAUGCCUCAGGACGAUUUGGAUCUGAUUAAGGAUGCACUGUUGGCAUCCAGACCAGUUGAUGGCAGUGAAAAUCCAGUGUUUCACAGAUGUCCAAAUGGUCAUCUGUAUGUUAUUGGUGAUUGUGGAAGGCCUACAGUUGUAGCCAGAUGUAAAGCACAGAACUGUGGACUUGAAAUUGGAGGGCAAUCACAUGUGCUUAUAGCUGGAAAUAUCAAGGAUCAAGGAGUUGACACUACAGAUACUGGACACAUUUUAGGACGGGCCACAUAUAGAAAUUUAGCUCCAUUUCCUGAAAGAAGUCUGAAGCCUGUAAAUUGUGCAGUUAUGAAGUUACUACUGCAUAUUGCAAUGUAUGUUGGUGCAAAUAACAAUGCACAGGCCAUUUGUAGAUCAAUUAAGCCAGAUAUAGAGGAGACUGAUGUACCUUCAUAUUUACUGAGUCAUAUACAGAAAGAUCUGAGGUCAAUAUCUACAGCUCUUGGGAAGAGUGUGGAGAAUGUACUUAUUCUGAUUCACUUUUUAUUAGCAGAAAUAAUGAACAGUCGCACACAAUCUAGAAUUGGUGAGAGAGCAGAAGAUGAAAUUUGCUUACUAAAGGAUAAACGAUCAAGGGAGACAUGGGAAGACAACUUUAAUAAAAGAUACAUUGCACCUAUUCUUGAGAAAAGUGAAGAAAUAUUGAACACUGUUAAUAAUAAAAUUGUCAAUGAUAAAAGACUGGGAUCUGAUCCAUUGCUGCAAUUGUUAUACGAAACUGAUAAACCAGCAGAAAUCCUGGGAAGUGAUUACUUAUCAGAAAAUCCUUCUGUAUGGCAGUUUAGAGAGAGAAUAUCAGUUGACCAUUUAAUGCAGACGUUUAUGAAAUCUCAACAAAAUUGUCCAGUCCUUCAACAGUUCUUAGAUGAGGAACACUUCCUUAGAGCUUUAAGAUUUGUACCUGGUAUUAUAAGACUACAGAAAAUGUUGAUACAGAAGUACAGUAGACGAUUGGAUAGAGCAGAGGCAUUAGGAAUUACAAUGGAUAAAUUUCUCUUGGAGUUUCAGGAUACAAGAUCAUCUGAAAUUCAAUCAUGUUGGAAUGAUUUCAAAAAAGCUUGGGAGAAUAUCCAACAGUCUUUGGAAGGAUAUGGAUUCCCUGUGAAUGGUAACUUUGUUUACCUGUCUAAAGAGAAUUGUCGUAGAAGAAUGGACGAGAGAACAUCGAUAGCUUAUGUCUUACCAUCUGAGAGAGACACUGGACUGUGUUCCUAUGCCCUGCUGUUCUUUUUAUUGGAGAAACAGAACUUGUUCUUGCAGAAAUACUGUCAGCAGAGUAAAAUUAAAUAUGACAGUCUCCCAAAGGUCAAUGUAAAAGACCUGUCAGCUGCACACUUGAUCAGUUAUCACCCAGACAGAGACCUACUACCCAUGGUGUUAGCUAAUUGUAACUACUCUUUUGAAGUGGGUCAGGGCACCAAAGUGGAAUACAAUUUUACCAACCUGGAAAGACAGUUAAUGGACAGAUUUCUAUUUACAAAGUCUGUUAUUCUUCUUAAAGAGAUUGAUACAGUAGUGUACAGAUCAGAAACAACGAAUGCUGUAGUAUUUAUACAGCUCAGAGACGGAAUAAAACAGGAAAAAAUCAGUGCCCCUGUACUAAGCCAGAUUCAGAAAGACUUGAAUCAAAAGCCUUUCCCAGAAUUAUGUGAUACUAUGGACAAACUCGACAUAGCUAUAAGUUUCCUUAAAUCUGUUGGUUCUGACCCAGAGAGUCCAUUGAGUGACUUUAUGGUCAACAUACUGAAGAUUGAUGACUCAUUGGUUAGCCAGAAGGCACAACAGUCUUGUAAAUGUAAACACAUACAAAGUUUGUGGAUGACUUUGGCACUGGAGAAAACAAAACUUCUAGAAAACAAUAACAAGGAGUCAUUUGAUAAUAUUUCCUCAGCUUUCAAACAGAAACUUUCUGAAGGACAAAGUGAGGCUAUAUAUGAAAUCUUGGACAACUUACAAAUAGAACAUCUAGAUUACUUGUCACAUAUGCUCUUUGACUGUCUUCUGCUAACUAUAGACAUCCCUCAGAAAGAUGAAGAAUCUGUUGAUAUGUCCAAAGUUGGAUUGAAAGAAGCAAUAGAAUCUUAUCUGUAUGACCCCCCAUAUGUAAAUGAAGCUCCGACACCAGAUUGGCUUAAAAGAUUUGUUAAUGCUUUACCUCAGGAUGGAGAUUCUCAUCUGCUUUGCUGUCAUGGGGUAGAAAUAUGGGUUAUUAUUAACGAAAUAUUUACUGACAAAAAGGACCAGAUGUUAUAGAAACAUGUAAUUAAGACCUACAAGUUUUUGUUACAACAAACUGACUUUUUUUUUUAUGGUUGAAAGUUUCAAAGAGUAAUUUGUUUAUCUUAAGGUUUUAUCAUACCUGCCAACUUUUCAAAGUCUUCAUUGCACAUUUUAAACACGAGAAGACCUAAUGCAUACCUAUACAUGUCAUUAGUGUACUUAAUUAUAAUAUCUAUGGUUUUGAAUGAGUAUACAUGUGUUUAAAUGUAUUUUUUACUGCUCUGAAUGACUUUUUUUUUUAAGUAUAAAGUCUUGAGUUAUAUAAAGUUCAGGCCAACACCUCUCAUAGGGGACAUCCCCCAUUAAUAGGGAAAGUUGGAAGGUCUGUUUCAUAUUGAGUUUUAUGAGUAUUGAUUUAUAUAUAUAUCUCCAGGAAAGAACAUUAUUAUUUUUUUAUACAAAUUUGAUUGCAAUAUGCUUAAGACAAUGUAAUUAUUGGGUUGCUAGAUAUUUUUACCAAGUUACGGUUGGAUUGUUCAUUAAAUACCCCCAAAAAAUGUAAUAAACACAGCAUAGUAUCUUAGAGUAAAUGAACCUUUCUGAAUUUUUUAAUUAUUUAAUGCCAUUAGAAUUGGUAGCAACAUGAUUGUUUGUUUGUUUGUUUGUUUACGAAUACUGUGAUAUUUUGUCUUGUAAUGUGGUUUAUUAUCAUUUUUAUGGGUUUAGUAUAGAAUUUAUAGACUUUUUAUGUAAUCAGUUUUAUUAUAGCCUAUAUUCUUUGAAGUUUUUGUUCAUAAGGUACACCAUAAAAUCAGUAUAAUGUUUGCAUUUCAAGAAAAAUAAAUCUAGAAACGUUUAUAUCAAAAUUAAUCAGAAAAUAUAGUAUCUCACAUGAAAGCUUACAUCAGUUUACAAUCUAUCAAUGAACAGUAACUGUAGUUUCAUUUUUGAUAUACAUACUUAGUAUUUGUAAACAUUUUGUUAUUGUUUCAUUUGCCUUUUUUGAAUAAAGAUGUCUUUUUUUUGAUAUUUUGAUAAGCCUAUUGUAUUGCAUGGAAUGAGUGAAAAUUAUUUUUAAUCAAAUUGUUUGUUAAAUAAAGUAUGUUUUUUCAUGUUAUCUUUUACAUCUUAAAAUAUUUUUUAAACGAGAUUCAAGACUGAUAACAACAGCUAAUUAAUAAUAAUUUACCGGUAAUAGUAAAGCUAUUGUAUAACUUUGUCAGAUAAUGAUGAUCUAGUUUGUAAAAGUGUUCAAAGAAGAUUGAUUUAAGAACUACUGUUUGUUGUGCAUACUUGUUUAUUUUUGUGAUUUUUAGAGCAUCAGUCAUUCAUUUGUGAUAAAUCAUUCAUCAGUA